CUUUCCCUCCUCCUCCUCUCCCUCCUCUUCCUCCUUCCUCCUCCCUCUUCCUCCUCUUCCUCCCCCUCCUCCUCCUCCCUCCUCUCCCUCCUCCUCUUCCUCCUCCUCCUCCCUGGGUUGUGAUGAUGGAUGGGGUGGCUGGAGGUGUGGGUACCCCCGGUAGCACCUCGGGGUCCGGGUGUGACAGCCUGCCCAGACGUAACGGAGACUCUAAGCGGCGCAGUAAGAGCAGCCUGCCCUCUCCGGGUUACAGGCUGUCCCAGGCCUCUCUGGAAGGGGAGAGGGUCUCCUUUGGGGGUGACAGCACCUCCUCAGGAGGACGCGGCCGCCGCCUCUCCAUCAUGAGCUCCUCCACCACCACCAGGGACGGUCUUCCUUUCCGCACGGCUGCGGGCACCCCGACCACCCCGGUCCCCCUGCCGCCCCCUCCUCCGCGAUCAGUGGGCUUUGCCUCGACCCGCGCCGCCCUGCCCUCCACCUCCUCCUCCACCGGGACCGGAGUGAUGGUGCAGGUGACCACCGGCCCGGAGACCACCACCACCACGACGUGUAACACCAGGGCAGGGAGCCCUGAGCUGAUGGCUCAGUGCGGACUAGGUGGGUUCGGCAUGAUGGGGCUGGACGGGGAGGACUACAGCGCCUCCAACCAGAGCACCUUCAUCCAGAGACAGUUUGGAGCCAUGCUGUAUCCAGGGGUCAACAAAUUCAGCCUGCGCAUGUUUGGAUCCCACAAGGCUGUGGCACUGGAGCAGCAGAGACUGAAAUCUGCAGGGUCGUGGAUCAUACACCCAUACAGUGACUUCAGAUUCUACUGGGACCUGUUGAUGUUGAUGUUGAUGAUGGGGAACUUGAUCAUCCUGCCAGUGGGCAUCACUUUCUUCAGAGAAGAGAACACGCCUUCGUGGAUCAUCUUCAACGUGGUCUCUGACACGCUCUUCAUGGUCGACUUGGUUCUCAACUUCAGGACCGGCAUCAUCAAGGAAGACAACACUGAGAUACUGCUGGACCCCAGAGCGAUCCGCCAAAACUACCUGAAAAACUGGUUCCUCGUGGACUUUGUGUCGUCCAUCCCGGUGGACUACAUCUUCCUGAUGGUGGACAGCCUCGACACCGAGGUCUACAGGACCGCCAGGGCGCUGCGCAUUGUCCGCUUCACCAAAAUCCUGAGCCUGCUUCGACUGCUCCGCUUGUCCAGACUCAUCCGCUACAUCCACCAGUGGGAGGAGAUCUUCCAUAUGACCUAUGACCUUGCUAGUGCCAUGGUGAGGAUAGUUAACCUGAUCGGUAUGAUGCUGCUGUUGUGCCACUGGGACGGCUGUCUCCAGUUCCUGGUCCCCAUGCUGCAGGACUUCCCUCCUGACUGCUGGGUUUCCAAGAACCUGAUGGUGAAUGACACAUGGGGCAUACAGUACUCCUAUGCUCUAUUCAAAGCCAUGAGCCACAUGUUGUGUAUCGGCUACGGCGCCCAGGCUCCAGAAGGGAUGACUGAUGUGUGGCUCACCAUGCUCAGUAUGAUCGUAGGUGCCACCUGCUACGCCAUGUUCAUCGGCCAUGCCACCGCUCUCAUCCAGUCACUGGACUCCUCGCGACGGCAGUACCAGGAGAAGUACAAGCAGGUGGAGCAGUACAUGUCGUUCCAUAAGCUUCCUGCAGACGUACGGCAAAAGAUCCACGAGUACUACGAGCACCGCUUCCAGGGGAAAAUGUUUGAUGAGGAGAACAUCCUGGGAGAACUCAGCGAGCCACUUAAAGAGGAGAUAGUCAGCUUCAACUGCCGCAGCCUGGUGGCUAACAUGCCACUGUUCGCCAACGCUGAUCCCAACUUUGUGACCGCCGUGCUGACCAAGCUCCGCUUCGAAGUGUUUCAGCCUUCAGACUUCAUCAUCCGCGAGGGCACAGUUGGACGGAAGAUGUACUUCAUCCAGCAUGGACGAGUCAGUGUGCUGACUCGCGGCAACAUGGGAACCAAGCUGAGCGACGGUUCUUACUUUGGAGAGAUCUGUUUGUUGACUCAUGGACGGAGGACAGCCAGCGUCCGUGCUGAUACGUAUUGUCGCCUGUACUCUCUGAGUGUGGACAGCUUCAACGAGGUGCUGGAGGAACACCCGAUGAUGCGGCGUGCCUUCGAAACUGUCGCUGUUGACCGAUUGGACCGUAUAGGCAGGAAGAACUCCAUGCUCCUGCGGAAGUCAUCCCAUGGAGGUUCUCUGGGGGGAAGUAUGGGUCGUGGUGGAGGCCGGGGUGGAGGGGGUCCAGGAGCCGGAGGAGGUCUGGCAGCAGGCAGUCUGGGCUCCUGUGACAGCAUGCUGGUGCAGCAGAUUGUCAAACACGACAGCAUGCCGGCCAUGCAGGACGCCAUUGCGGCCGCUGCUGCGGGAAGAAGCGGAGUCAUAGGAGGAAGUGGCGCUGUGUCUCCUCGGCCACGCCCGGUCAUCUGGGCGCCGCUGGUCCACGCCCCGCUGCAGACCGCCGCCGCCACCAGUAAUGUAGCCAUCGCCCUCAUGCACCAGCAGCAGCAGCAGCAGCAGCAGCUCCAGCAGUUGCAGCAGCAGCAUGCACUUGGGGGGGCUUUCUUUCUGCCUUCCCCUCUUGUCUCGCCCUCUCCCUCCCUCUCUUUCCCUCUGUCUCCCCCUCGUCCUCCCGUGUUACAGCCCCUCCGCCCCUCUGUGAGCUCUCUAAUCGGGAUGAUGACGACGAUGGGAGGAUUGGGAGGAUUGGGAGGAUUGGGAGGAAUGGGAGGGAUGGGAGGGAUGGGAGGGAUGGGAGGUUUGUCCCCAAGAGGAUUUCCUGCCUCUCCCUCGACCAUGGGCCCUCCUGGUGGGUUGACAUCGCCCCCUAUUGCUCCACCCACACCAGCCUCCUCUGUCCCGACUUCUGUCCAACAAGGAAGAGCUCUUCAUUACAGCCUUCGCCUCCAGGCUGAUCACCCCUCCAUGAUUGCUGGAUCAUUAGGAACCCCGACAGGUGGAGGGAAACAAACUCCACCCCUCCACAAGGUGCCUGCCACCAACCCCCUUGCUACUUGUGGCACACGGUUCGAUGGCAACACUUUUCUGACAGGCCAGCAGGGAGCAAAAGAAGCUCUGUUACGUCACGGGUCUCCUCAGGGUCUGCCAGCGCUGGGCAGACUCACCCAGGAGAACAGGCUGCUGUCGGCCUCGCAGCCCACUCUGCCUCACCGCUCCUGGGCGGGAUUGCAGCCUCACCCGCCUCUCCACAGGAAGGCCUCUGGUGGUAAUUUGCUGGCGACUCCUUUCCUGGCAGGGCAGUUGGCCAGGGGAUGCAGCGCGGGCAUGCUGACCUCUAACGUUCCAGUACAGAUGGUGACAAAUAUACCGUUUAAUGCACAAACACAAGCACAGGUCGCAGUACCUAUUCAGCCUGCGUUAGCACACAAUCUGCCCACACAAUCUGCGUCUCACACUGUACCCACUCCCACAGCUGCACACAUGCCUCCUGCAGCUUCUUUGCCAUCUUCCUCCCCUCCGAAGCAGACCCCGCUCUCCUCUGCCACCCCUUCACCUGCACCCACCCCCUCGUCUCCUACACCUAUACUCCCCCAGACACCUCGGCCUAAACCAAUCUCAAUGACGGCCUCUCGCUCCUCCUCUCCUCCUUCCUGCUCCAUCCCUCCUUCAGCAAGAACAAAGCCACUGACACUCUCAUCAACUCCUCGUCCCAAACCAAUCCCUCCACCCUCUUCCCGCUCUUCCUCUCCCCGCUCUUCCUCUCCCUCUCCCUCCUCCACACCGCCUCCGCCUUCUGUUUCUACCCCUGUUCCAAUACCUCAACCUUACAAGUCAUCUUUUACCUCCUCUUCUCCGCCUUCCUCCUUGAUCACCUCUAUCCCACCACGUCCCCAGAGCCCCCGAGCCAAGGCAUCCAACACACCUCCUUCUGCCUCUCCGUUGUCUGGCCCCAGUCCCGCUCAAACCCCAGUCACUUCUCCGACACCGACUCCCACUCAGACUACCCGCACCCGCACUUCUACCCCCGCCCAAACGCCAUUUACUCUUACCCAGACCCUUAUCCCUACACCUUCCCCUUCUCCGAUCCCUGUUACACCUGUUCCCUCCCUAAGCAAAUCCCAGAGUCCAACCCCGUGUCUCCAGCCUUCUGUCUCCAGCUCAACCAGAGGCCCCACCUCGAGCCAGAUCCCAAAACAGACCCCGGCAUCUCCUUCCCCAACACCAGCUAGCACUAGCUCUUCACGCAAAAUAACUUUCUCAGUUCAUCCUGUAAAGCAAAUCCCUCCUGUCGUUACCCCAAGCCCCACUUCAGGCUCCGGUCAUUCCACCAAACCAACCCCAGCGACAUCCUCGACAACUUUAUGCCCAAAAUCGAGCUCCACCAACCCCUCAUCUCUUUCCACCACCUCUUCCAUCUCCUCUAGUACACAAUCUGCCUCUGUUCACCCCCCAAAACAAAUGCCAACCACCACAGCUGCCCCGGCCCACUCCUCAAAACUCAAUACACUCUCUACCCCUGGCCAGACUUCUCAGGCAUCUGCCACCACAUCCACAACACACGCAGCCACCACUGCCAGCACCACCUCCCCUAAAGGUGGGAAAAAAGACCCUCAGCUCACCAGAAAAGACUCAGAGGAACGAAGACACAAACUGCAAGGCAACAUGUAAGAAAUUCUCACAGGAUGUGUGCCGAUUAGCAGAGCCAUGGACAUACAGAGUUGUGUCAGAAUUGUCAUCCAGUGAUGAUGAUGAUGAUGAUGAGGAGGAGAUACAUCUUGUUUGCAUUCACUCUAGGAUGUGAUUGUCUUAGAACAUCAGGUGUUCGUGUGACUCUCAACCACGCCAUCGAUCAAGGAGAAAGACUUUAUGGGUGUGUUGAGUGGAGGCAAUGGUAGAGUCUGAAAAACCAUCCAAAUGUAUACAUACAUAUCUGUGUUAGUGAUUGUUGGAGCAAGCAGGGGAGCUGAAGUGGAAACAAGUAUGCACGGUAAAAGGGAAUGGAAGCAAUAGCUGAGAAAAACAAUCUCCAUUUUCUUGGAAACAGCAAUACAUGUGAAACAUUUGAGACUCGUAAUGUGACAGGAAAUGAGCUUGACAAUAAUGAUCUUUCUGCUGUUGGGAAGAAAGUCUCUUGUGAUGUCAGAAACUUCCUGGUUUCCAGCUCCAACUCCCUCUUGCCUCCCAUUCUGCACCAAAGUGUAAUAUUUUCUCAUCUGAAUAAUAAUAAUAAUAAUAAUAUAGAGUUUAAAAGUCACUGUAAAGUCGAUGCUCAUAUGAAUUUGAAUAAUUAGGAUCAGUCCACUGGUAGUUUUGUUGUCCCAGGUGUGUGGUGUUUAGUUUUUGAACAAGACAAAACUUUUAAACCUACAUGUUCACUUCUGUAAAUUGUGUUUUUUUUGUGUGUGUGAGAGACAAUACUGCUCUGCUGUGCACCGUGGCUCGCUCCAUUUAGUUCCUCCCUGAACUGUAAAUACGUGCCUCUCUGUGGGUCUGUGUUAAGCUUCCUCACUCCUCAGCCUCUUUGUCUUUCAUCUCUUCUCUUGUCUCGCCGCCUUUCAUCUGAUUUCACAGCCCUGGUCGGCCGCUAACUGCUUCUUUGGCGCCCACAGACUCACUCCCUUUCUCUCGGUUUGCCCGACACUUUGCUCUGUGCGACCGCCAGCCUCGUGUUCAAAUGGCUCUUCCUUCUGUGUCUCUACGAGACUGUUUCAGCGCCAUUUCCAGUGAUGUUUGAUGUUUUGUGUGGGUGUAGCAACAAGACAUUUUUGUCUUAACCCCUGAUACCAUGUUGCCUAGACGAUAUAUUAAAGGACCAAAUGUUUUAUUUUUUAUUUAUCACAGCUUUAGCUUUUGAACUGAAAAAAGAAAUAGCUAAUAAUGCUGUCAUGAUGAUCUUGAGCGUGGUGUUUAAGGUGAUGAUUACGAUUGUGAUGGUAUUCUUGAUAACCAUGAUGGUAAUGAUGAAGGUGUAUAUCUGGAUGUAAGAAUAAAGCGGAUUUAGAUAUCA